UUAAUUGUUCUUUAUUCUCUCGGAACUGCUGGUUUGGCUCUGCUUUGGCUCGGUAAAAAAUGGCAAAAUCAUAAGCACUUUAUAGCUGCAAACGAACGCAUGCGGUUACGUAUAAAAUUCGAUAAUAGCUUAUUUGGUUUAAUAGAUCGGAUAAAAAAUUAUUUAAAAACCGAAAGCUUGCAAAAAUCUCACUAUAUAUUUUUCGUAAUUAAAAAGCGAAAAUCUGAUUACUAUAAUACACUUGGUUGUGGAUCUGAAGCAUAGACGGAUUUAAUUGAUUCAUAUUCUUAACCCUCUCCAAAGCCCAACGAAUAGUGCGCGCUUACGUAAACCAAAAAAAAAAAAAAAAACGUUGCUUUUGUUUACCACAAGCAAAACAUGUUGAAAUGGGCAGUGAGUGGUUCUCGCCAAGCAUAUCUGCAAGAUGAAAAUGAAAAACUAACCUUAUCAAGUAUUUCCAAUACUGCGAUACAACAACAACAGCAACAAGAACAGCAGCAGCAACAACAGCGAAGACGCUUAAAAUGCAAAUCUUUAAACGUUUGUGACGAAGGUAACAAUGUGAAACGAAAGACAAGUUGGGGAGGAAAGGAAAAUCGUUGCACCUCCACGCCCUUGCACUCUCUCAACCAUAUUUAUAUCGAGAGUCCUUCGAGCAAGAUGGGCAGCCUUAAGGAUUUGAGCAACAUAAUAGCGGAAACAUCCGAAUUUGUUAGGAAAUCGCCUUUAGCGGCAAAGGAAUUUAAUAAAGAUAUGCCUUCCAACUAUGCUUCAACAUUACCGACAUUUGACGUUGAAUAUUCACCAUGUGCUUUAAUAUCGGGACAGAUUUUGGCUUUGCGUGGCGUAGGUGUACCAGAUAGUUAUUUUGGUAAGCCUCGUUAUCUCAGUUCGCAACUGCAAGCCAAAGAUUUGUCCCAAUUAGGCGAAGAAGCUUUAGAGACUAAAUCGAUCUGUCAGAACAAAAUAUCGAAAAACCCUACUUUAUCGAAAUCAAAUCUGUUGUCUGGCCCAAUAAAGGAAGACUCCUUGUUGAGCUCUUCAAAAAUGGGUGAUAUCACGCUGGAGCGCAUGAUUGAUGCCAUUCUGGAAAGUACUCUUAAGGAAAAAAAAUUACCGAAAUAUUCCAAGCACUUUCAGUGUCAUCAUCACCAUCAACAGGAACAGCAACAGCACCAACAACAAGAAUUAUCUCCAACGUACACGCCUGGUGAUGAUCCUGCCAGUGAUUUGCAUGAAGUAUGGGAUUCAAACGAGUUGCGUUACCGACAAAAAGAGCAAAAACAUAUGAAUCGCUUUUCUAGAAAGCGUCUGUUUAAUGAACCGCCAAUAAACAAUCCACAGCAAACCACCUUCAUCCCCGACAUUGAUACAAUAAAGCUGAAGCGCCAGCGGGUAGUAAGAAGAAAACGAAAAAUUACCCAAAUUACCGACAGCAUCAUAAACUCAGCUCAUAAAUUGCUCGGUAAAAGUAACCCGUCUACCGAUACCUUAACGAUUACUGCUUGCGUACCGCGUAGUUGCGUGGAGGGAGUUUAUGACUGUGAGAUAGCAUCCAGCAAUGAUCAGCCUUUAAAAAAGUCACGCAACAUAAGCUCAGACAGUGGCCAUAACUCCUCAAAUGGUGAAUACGACGAUGGCGGAGAUAAAUCCGAAGCCAUUUUCGAUAAUAAAGUCACGGAAAGAAAAACCCACGACUCCGCAAAACGACAAUUAACUUUUCCUAUUAUAUAAGAUAUAGUAGACAUUGAUGACUUUUUUAAAUUUUUUAAUUGUUUAUUUUUUUAU